UUUAGCCGCUGAUAAAAUGGUUAAUGUGUCGAAGGAGUUAUUGGACAAGUUUUAUGAUCUCGCCGAUUUCGACCAGCAUAGGCGUCACAAUGCUGUGAUUGCCAUUUUGGAUGAAUUUGAGCAAAAUGGUUCGUAUUUGAUGGAGAGAUUGGUAGCCGGCCUGGCUUCAUCACGAGCUGCUGCACGUCUCGGUUAUACAAAUGCGCUUACCAUUAUUCUUUCUUCAUUUGGGAAAGAUUAUCCAAUUGAAGUGUUGUUCAAAUUAGCUGACCAGAAGUUACCGUUAAAUAAAGCGGAAAAUCCUGGUUCACUAUUAGGUCAACAUUUAUUUCAUUUGGCUAUGGUGAACAGCGAUGCAUAUAAUGACGCACUAUUAGAAGUAGGAAGGCGAGAAAUGAGCUUGGUGGAAAAGCAAAGUGGUUUGGCUUAUUCGGCAACUAAUUUAUUAGCUCAGUGUGCGAAUAAAUUGCGAGAAAAGAGAUUUGCAAAGGAUUUUUGGCCCCUUGUGAAGAAAAAUGUUACGAAACCACUGGAUUCACUUGAUUCAGAAUGGUUCUAUUUUGCUCUGCAUGUUAUGGAGAAGCAUAGCGAUGCGUUGAAAACUGAGGUAUCCUUUUUGUCAGCCAGUGGAGAAUUAAAUAUUUCCGAUAAAGACUGUGAUGCGGUUAUAAACAUUCUAAAGAAAGCAAGUGGCUCUGGUGAGAACGAACUAAUUUCAAAAUUGUUGCUUCUCGCACGAGCAUCGAAGAAUUUCGAAACAGUUUACUGUAAAAUUGUCGAGAAAUGGUUGUAUCAUGGCGAUUUACACAGAGUUAUAUCUCGCGCACUACCGUUUAUUAAUACAAUGCUACAGCAAAUAGAUUUCGAAACCGAUGAGUUGAUGGCUAUAUUUUCUUCCGAAUUUGUGCGCUUGAUAAGAUCAAUACGAAGGAGCAAUGAAUUUCGUUUCUUGUUCUCCACGAUUGAAGCUAUCCUACUAGUUCUUAAAGAGUCGCUUGCUACAAAAGAAUGGACAUCAACUAACAUUUCUAAAUUACUUAACAAUUUUGAUCGCGUUGGAAAUGGAAAUUUUGAUGAAUUCAUCGGCGGAAAUGUUAAAAUCACGGAAAAGAUUCUACUGCAAUUGCGUGAUGAUCCCCACGAUAUAGUUAAUGUGGCCUUGAAGGAAGGUGGUUGGAGAUUGAGACGGAUAGCGAAUGUAUUUAUACAUUGGCCCACAAACGUCCAAGAAAAUGUCUUGAAACUGUUAUUCAAACACGGAAAAUGGACAGAGGAAACACGCAAUGCUUUUUGUUCUUCUCUUGCUUCCUUAUUCAUUGUGAGUGUAAGGGCAGGCAGAAAUGUGACUGCGAUUUAUAGAGAAGAGCACAAAAAGCUGUUACAAAAACUAAUCAAAAAACAGGAUACAAGAGUUAAAUUGCCUGUGGUUAACGGAACUUUGUCCGUCUUUAUGAAUAUGCUUACACUUUGGAUAGCUGCAGCAUCGGAUUCGAAUGAGCGUCAUUCAUAUUUAAAAGAUCUUGCUGAGACGGCAGAAAUUAGUGAAAAAAUGACAGGAAACGACGACAAUAGUAGUAUAGCGAUUUUGAAUGAUUUAUUACUUUCUUUAUUGAGUCGACCCCAUCGAUAUCAUCGCCCAGUCGUUCAUUACGUCUUUGCUUCGUUCGUUCCACGGAUGAAACUAGAAAAUCUUCUGCAGAUUCUUGAGACUAUCAACCUCAGCAAUGAAGAGUUAAUGCUAGAAAAAGACGCAAGCGAAAGCGAUGAUGAAAAUGACUAUGAGGAUUCUGAACAAACCAGUGAAGAGAAUGAAAUGAAUAAUAAUGGCGAUAUUAUGGACCGAGAUGAAGAAACGGAUGAUUCAGAAUUUGAAGAGGAAGACGAAGAGGAAAGUGAAGUUGAUGAGGAAUUUGUCAAUAAUCUCAAAACAGCACUCGGUUCUGUUGCUGCAUGUUCAGAUAAUGACAGUGAUAGGAACAGCUUAUCAUCAACAGUAAGUGACGAGACGAUGUUUCGCUUGGAUGAAAGCCUGGCAGCUGUAUUUCGUAAAAAGAUGAAAAAUUCGCGAACUCUAAGUGCAUUCUUAGUGGAGCAGUCUCAGCAGUUUCGUGCUAAAUGUUUUGACCUGUUAUUGAUAGCAGUAUCUCAUCAAGACGGAGCAUACAACACAGUAGAUCUUAUUUUGCCUUUAAUUGAAUGUGCUCAACAAGCUCUGCGUAAAAAAGAUGGAGAACUAACUUUCAAAAAAGCAACAAACUUACUGGAAAUUAUUUUAAAACACAAAAAGAAUGAGCUAAAUGAAAAGAAUGCUAUUAAACUAUUGGAUGAACUUGUCCUGAAAACAUCACAAACCGUAAAUCCUGUUAUGAGGAAUAUUCUUGGCAGCGUUGCAAGUUUUUGGUAA